UCUAUCGAUAUUAAUUCAUCGGUUAUAGACACGUCAUUGUAGUUGUCAAAAUAAAAAUAAAUACAAACGAGAAUACAUACAUCAGGUGGUGUAUUUAAGUUAAUAUAAAAAAAAUCAUGGUGUACAUCGACCGCAAUGGUCGCGUUUGGGAAAAGCGCCCUUGGGACUGGCAACGCAUAGUCGCAAUUUUUGUGGGUCUCUGGUAUCUUGUCAUACAAUUCUUCCAGACAUUGGUGGCUCCCUUCAAUGGCGGCGGUGAUGGCAAUAAUCGCGACAAUCGCAAUAGCCGCAGCAGUGGCUGGGGUGGCGGUGGAGGCGGCGGUGGUGGAGGAAGUGGAGGCGGAGGUGGUGGAGGCGGAGGAGGUCUGAGACCCAACAGACGCAUUGGACGCAUUAAUCAUCAGCCACCAAUGAGUUGCUCCACCUGCCCUGGCGGUGGAUGCGGAUAAUAAUGGCAUUCGGGGAGAUGCGCUGCCUCAAUUUAGCAUUAGUUCAUAUCACUAUAACAAACCUAAUAUUGAGUGGGAGCAGUUAUGACGUGCGAUUUUGCACGUGAAUUAUGUGGAUAAUCCUAGCUCGAUUUAGCUUAAGCUUAUACAAUUAACCGAAAAUUGAUAAAUCAAAUGUAUUUUGUAAUGGAAUAAUGGAAUAUACUCGAAUUCAACUAACA